AUCUUGGUCAUGAAUAUUUUACUCGUACAUAAUAUUAUGAAUGCAAAAGGUUUAUUAGAAACUUUCUUAUUUUUAUAAAAAAAUAUAGAAAUUGAGUUAAAUUAGAAUUUGUAUUUAGAAAUGAGUAACAAAUUUAAGAAUUCAGUGUCACUAACAUUGUCAUAAAUUUUUUCAAAUGCUUUGGAUGUGAUUUUAUCAAUAAUGUACAACUAUUUUUGGAACCAACACAUAAUGCAAUGCAAGUCUGCUCAGAACGUGUUCAUUUUCAUUACAAAAUUUUAAUCGUAUCUUCGACAGGUGUUGAAGUUAUCAGAAACAAAUACAUACACAUAGCAUUGUUUGCAUAAUUAGUGAAUUGCGUAUAUAAAACGUAAUCCAGUUAUUAUCUCUGUCACACUAAUCAAUCAAUUGUUUUUUUUGCUUCUACCCUGUAUAAAACUGAACCGAAUUCAGAAUGUGAAAUUAGUCGCACUAAAUACAGUCAAAAAAUGGAGUUCAAAACUAUUUUUGUCUUGAUCCUUGCAGUUUCGAUCUUGGCAGUCCCACAACAACGCCCAGAGAGUCGCCUGACGUUGCCAAAUGUGCUUGUGCUGGACGAUGCUGGGAGGAUCACGUUGGCCUGGGAGGCAAAUCUACAAAGGGAGGAGAUCACAUUCGAAAUUGAAGCCAAUACCACGGGCUAUGUGGGCUUUGGGAUAUCUCCGCAAGGAAGCAUGACAGGGGCUGACAUUUUCAUAGCUGGAGUGGGAAAUGAUGGGCAGCCCUACUUUUCUGAUAGAAUUGGAGUGGGAUUUACGACCCCAAAAAUUGACGAUAACCAAGACUGGAUUUUGCUUAAUUCCAGUGAGACUAACGGACUAACAUAUUUAAAGUUUUCAAGACUGCUUGAUACUUGCGAUGAUGAGGAUUAUCCAAUCACAAUGGACACAAACCGUUUAAUUUGGGCAAUGGGAUCUUCUGACGCAAUUGAAUAUCAUACUUCUGAGCGACGAGGUGCUCGGUCCAUCAGUUUAUUGGGUGCUCCAACGCCAGACAUCAACCUUGACCAAAUGAUGUAUUGGGAUAUGACAGUGGAUAUGGCUAUGCCGGCGCAAAGUACAAUCUACUGGUGCAGCUUUCAUAAAGGACCCAUUCUCGAUUACAAGCAUCACAUCGUCGCGUUUGACGCUGUCUUGGACAAUGAAAUGGCUUUGACACAUACUCAUCACUACAUUUUGUACAAUUGCUAUGUUCCUGCGGGCUCAAAUUCCACGGCGGACGAAGUAUUUGGAAAUUACACUGUGGAUGUGGGUCACAACGGAAAUGAAUGCUAUGGACCAGGAUCCUCGCAAAUCCCUAACCAGUAUUGCAAAGAGUACCUUUUUGUGUGGGCAAAGGGGGGAAAGAUGAUGGUAUUUCCAGAAAAUGUGGGUUAUCCCAUUUCUGAAGGUUCUGAUGCAGGUAUUCAUCAGUACUACAUGCUGGAAAUUCAUUACGAUAACGUUGAUGAACUCAGCGGACCCAGCUUCAAAACUGGAACACGCGUUUAUUAUACGGACAAUUUGAGACCGAUUGACGCAGGUUUGAUGACAAUUGGUCAUCAGGUGGACGUGUCGCUCACCGUGCCACCAAAUACCCAGGACUACGUCGUGGUUGGUCACUGCAGUCCAACAUGCACGCUUCUGCUUCCCUUGGCUGGAGUCACCAUUUUCAACGCUUUACUGCACUCUCAUUUGGCAGGAAGGGUUUUGCGUCUAAGACAUUUUCGUGGAAACAUUGAACUCCCAUGGAUCGAUAAUGAGGAACAUUACGACUUUGACUACCAACAAAACAAACAUCUUUCAACAGAAGUUAGAAUUCUUCCCGGAGAUCAAAUAACUUACGAAUGCACCUACGAUUCAACAUGGAAAAAUGGUAGCAUCGUUUCCGGUGGAAUGACAACGAUCGACGAAAUGUGCGAAAGCUUUAUCUGGUAUUAUCCCAAAAAUAGCUUUGAUCACUGCAUAUCGCACACCGAAAUUCGCUCCCACAUGUCUGAUUUUGGAGUCACUGGAUAUCGGCGAGAAACUUCGAGUGGAAUCCCGAAAUAUGUCAUCACCGCUCCAGAAAGUCUUGUCGGCGAUUAUGACGACUCCAUAAGUUUCAAGUUUAAUUGGACGUCGGAAUUUCAGGCUGAAUACACACAAAAGAGACAGUUUGGGGGACAUCAAGCUUUCUGUAUUAGUGAAAAGACGGGACAAUCGAUUACGGUUCCUAAUCAAAGGUAUCCAGAUAACUUGGUAGAAUAUGUUCCGUACGAUAGAUGUGCCAAGAAGAAGAAUGUUCGUGCCCAAGCGUAAAUAAAUUUGUGUUCCAUGAAAAUCUAGUAAUAAAACCAAGUAUAUACGUAGAUAUAUGAAAAUGUAUUCACUACCAAAUCUUCUUUGUAUAAUAUCCUACAUAUUUAUUUAAAUUACAAUACUCCAACAUACGUAUUUAUAUAA